CCCUAGAAGGGAAGGUUCGUCUUUCCCUGAUCCUUAGACGUCUGUGACACACAUCUCACUACUGAUCAAAAAGUUCUUGGACAUCUGAACCAAGUCAGUUAGUGACCCUGAAUGGGCUUGUGGUCUGCACCCCUGGGUGUGAUCAGAAGACAAACAAGUUUCCCUACACAGUAAACAGGGGCUCUGGGAAGACUCUGGUCCCUCCCUCAGGUCAGCUUGACUCCAGGUCUCCAGGGAAACCGCUUCAGGCAACAGGGUUCCUGAGUCUUCACAACAAGCCCUUACUCCUAUUUCCAGGGAAACCCUGGCCUUCGGCCCUCAGCGUCCUGGUUGCCACAGCAACACUCUCGGGCUUGUUUGGCAUGUGGUCUCCACAGUCAAGGUGGGGCAGCUGGGAGCAAGUGAGUUCAACCGGACAGAACCAGCACAGGGGCUCCGGUACUGCACACAGGAUGAGCUCCAGUUCCAGCAAUCCUGAAGAUGGGGACACCACUGAGCAGUCUCAGCUGGGGCUGGACACCGUGAUCCAGAAGUUGGAAGACACCAUCCUGAGCCCCAUGGCCAGAAGGGAAGACCGGGCGCUAACAGUGCGUGGAGAAGGCCAGCGGGCCUUACCUACUCCUGUGCCAGCCCGUAUCCGAGAGAUUGUGUCGAGCAGCCUGAGCAAGGAGCCACUCUCAGGACUGUGGGGACUGCCAGCUACUACAACCCACGCACAGGAGGAGAGUGAGCUCCUGCAAGAGGAGCUGACUCGGUUGGAGGAUCUGUUGGCCCAGGCAGAUGCUGAGCGGGAGGAGCUGGCCAACAGGUGUCACAUGGUCAGCCAGAGGCUGCAGGCCCGCCUGGAUACCGCUGAGGCCCGGCUUCGGAAGUCAGAGCUGGAACACAGCAUGGAUUUGGAGGAGGCUCUUAGCCGGCUGGAGGCCUCACAGCAGAGGAGCAUGGGCCUUUCCCAAGUAAACACCCUCCUUCGACAACAGCUGGAGCACAUGCAGAAGGCCAACGACACAUUGGCCAGGGAACUGACCAGGACAACACACAGCUUGCUCCGCCUGCAGGGCAAGUUGGAGCUUCGAGAGACCCAAAGGUUGAGCCUAAGACAGCCUCGAGACAUCCUCCCCCUGUGGAGACAGGCCAAGGCUCUGCAGAUGCACCUGGCUGAGAUUCGGGCAUCCACCGAGAGGGGUCUCGAAGAUGUUCGGGCGGACAUGACCCGGACGGCCCAGCGCUUGCAUAUGGCCUGCCUGAGCCUCGACUCCCACCUGCAGCUGACAGCCAGCAGCAUGACCAGUGACCUGGAACAGCGGCUGAGGGAGCAGGCUAGGGAAAUGCUGCAGCUGCAGGGCCAGUGGGCUGCUGAGAAGGUGGCACUUCAAGCCAGACUUUCAGAGCAGACAUUACUGGUAGAGAAGCUCUCUGUGCAGAAGGAACAAGGAGAGAGAGCCAUCCUGACACUCAAGGCGGACAUCCAAAGACUGAAAUCCCGGCGCAGUGGCGGCCAGCUGGCGGUGGAUGAACUGAGAGAUGAGGUUGAAUCCCUGAACCAUGUCCUGGCCAGCAUCAAGGAGGUGGCCCAGUCAGAUGUUCGGUAUCCAGAGUUGGCCUGGAGCAGCAGCACUGAAGUCAGGGAAGUACAGACCCAACUGAAGAGCCCCCCACGUUCUCUGUCCCCACACCAGCGCAUGUCCCCAACACGGACCAGCUCUCCAGCCAACCUGCAUCCUGCACUGCAGGCUGUCCAGUCAGCCAUGGAGAGGCGGCAGCAGUGGGAGCAGGAGCUACAUCUGAGGCUGAAGUCCUCCCAAGAAGAAGCAGCCGGGCUCCGAGAGCAGCUGUCUGGGUACCGGCAAGAACUGCGGACCUCACAGAGGCUUCUGCAGGACAGGGCACAGGAGCAUGAGGAUCUGCUGGGCCAGCUGGAGGCCCAGAGGCAGGAGACACAGCUCUCUCAGGUGUCUGUCCAUCUCCUGGAAAGGGAGAAAGUAGCCCUGGAGGCAACUGUGGAGGAGCUGAGGGCAAAGGCAGACAUUCAGGAGGCUGAGACACAGAAGCUGGAGGCCACAAACGCAGAGCUUCGGAGAAGCCUCCUGCUGCGGACAGAGCAGAAAGCAGAGCUCGCCCAGCAGAGUGAGCGCAGCCUGCGUGAGCUGGAGACCAGCCAGGGCCGUCUGGAGCAACUGGAAGAAAAGGUUUCUGGGCUCAGGAAGGAGCUAGCCACAUCCCGGGAGGCACUGAGUUCAAUGCAGUUGCAGAGGGACAUCUUGGAGACAGAAAAGGAGGGCCUGCGUGGUGCUCUGGCCCAGGCUGAAUCUAGCAAUGCUGACUUGGAAUUGCUGGUGACACGGCUGAAGACAGAGGGAAUGGAGAAACAGGACUCACUGGCCAAGAUGGCUACCCUGCUGGAAGGGCUUUCCCAAGACAAAGGCACCCUAAACCAUCUGGUACUUCAGCUGGAGCAGGAACGGGACCAGCUUCGGGAGCAGCAGAAGAGGCUGGAGCAGGAGCAGGCUAUUGUGAGAGAACAGCUGACGCAGACAGAGCAGCAGCUAGGGCUCAUUCAAGCUGAGCGGAGAGGUCUGCAGGAGGCUUGUGGGCACCUGGAGCAAAAGCAGGAACAUCUAGAGAAGCAGGUGGCCCUGCUUGGGCAGGAGAGUGCCCAGCUCCGGGAGCAGGUGGACCAGGUCACAUACAAGAAACGGGCCCUAGAGAAGCAGCUGGCACAGAGCCUGCAGGACCAGGAGGCCCAGAUGGACAUUCUUCAAGAUGCCCUCCAUGAGAAGAACAUACUGUCUGAGGAGCGGGCCCAACUACUGGCUAAGCAGGAAGCCCUGGAGAGACAUAGCGAGCUUGUGACUAAGGAGGCAGCUGAUCUGAGGGCUGAGAGGAACUCUCUGGAGAACAGCCUCUUUGAGGCCCAACGGCUGACCACGCAGUUGCAGGCCCAGCAGGAACAGCUGGGAGCAAAGGCCAAGGCUGAUCAAUUGGCUCGCCAGGCCUUGCAAGUGGAAAUGGAGCGGCUGAAAAGUGACUGGGAAGUCCAAGAGACAAAAUUGCAGUGGGAUCUGGGACAGCUGCAGCAGCAGGCUGCACAGCAAGAGCAGGAGGCACAGCUGGCCUUGGAGCGCCAGGAGCUGGCCCACAGAGAGGACCUGGCACGUCUGCACAGGGAGAAGGACACCCUCAGUUUAUCCCUGGCAGAGGAGAAAGAGGCGGCUGCCCGGUGGAUGGAACAACAGAAAGAGCUGUUGACCAAAAGUACAGCCGACAGGGAGGUGCUGCAGGGGGAGAUUCAGAACUUGAAGCAGGAGCGGGAUGAGAGCCUCCAUCAACUGGAGCACGAGUUGCAGCAGGCCCUGUCUCUGAAAGAUGCAGAGAAGAACCUGUUGAGCAAGGAGCUCUCUGGAGCCCACCUGGAGCUGGAACGGGCCAGGCAGGAGGCCCAGAACCAGCAAGUGCAAGCCGAGGCUACCAUUUCCACCAUGACCAAAGAGCUGAGAACCCUCCAGGUCCAGUUCGAAGAGGCCAUCUCCACCCACCAGAGAGAAGCUGAAACUCUGAGAGAGAAGCUCCGAGAGAUAGCAGCCGAGCGAAGCAGCGUGAGGAGGGAGGCUGAGGGGCUGCAGGCACAGCUGAACGUGGCUCAUGAGAGGCUGGCUGAACUGCGUCAAGAACUUCAGGACAGUGAAGAGAGUCGUGAGGGGCUACGCAGGGAGGCCUUGGAGGCUCGCCGGGCACUGGACGAUGAGGUUCAAGAGAAGGACGUACUACAACAUUCCAACACUGAGUUGCGGGCCACCAUCCACAGGGCUGAGCAAGAGAAAGCCAGUUUUAAGAGGUCCAAUGAGGAGCAGGAGCAGAAGCUGCUGUUACUUCAAGAGGCCCAAGUGGCAGCUCAGAAGGAAGCCUGUGAGCUGAGGACCAGGCUGCAAGGGUUGGAACGGGCACAGAGGGAUACCUGUCGGAAGCUCCAGGAGCACCACAGACAGGUAAGGACGCUGGAAGCUGAGAACCAGAGGAAGAGGCAGGAAGUGAGUGAGCUGCAGGCCCAGGUCUCUAGGGAUGCACAGCGUCGGCGCAAGGACAUGCAGGAGACACUAGAACUGCAGCGACAAGUCGCCGAGGCCCAGGCUGCCCGUGACAGUGUUCAGAAGGAGGUUCUAGAGCUACAGCACAAGCUGGCAGAAGUAGAGGCUGCAGGGGAGGCCAGGGCAAAGCAGCUGGAGGGGCAUCUUUGUGAGAGCCAGAGGGCUGAGCAGACCCUGCAGGCCGAGCUGCGCAGAACCACCAGGAAGCUACAACAGGCCAGUAACCAGGCUGACAGCCUUCAGAGCAACCUGGACAAUGCCCAUAGCCAAGUCCACAUCUUAGAACAGGAGCUGGCCAAGACUGAGGGUGUUAGGCGUAAUGCAGAAGCCCAGCUGGGCCGGCUGUGGUCCACACUCUGCAGUGGCCUAGGCCAAAGUCAGAACCUCUUGGCCUCUCCAAAGAGGCCCCAUUCUCCCACAACAGGCAUCACCCAGACUCGUCAUGGACGGCAAAGGGCCAGUCCCCCUACUAGAUCCUACUCUCCUGCCCGAUGGCCCUCGCCUGUACCUGUAGAUCCUAAUUCAGAGGUCAUCGAUGUGGCCUUUGUAAGGGAUGCCCUGAGGGACCUGGUGCAAAAGCUUCUCGAGGCCCAGCAGGAACGGGACAACUCUGGCACUCAGGUGGCCAGCCUGAGCAGCCAGCUGAGCGAGGCAGAGAGGGAACGCGUCCACCUACAGAACCGUGUGGAGCAGCUACAGAGGGACCUAGCGGAUGCAGAGGAAGCCCAGCGCAGGGCCGAGAGUGCACUGCACAGUGCCCAGGCAGCUCGGGACCUGCAGAAGGAGGCACUCCAGAGGUUGGAAGCAGAGCAUCUGACAAGCACACGGGCUGCCCGCCAGGAGAGGAGAAGGCUGCAGGAGCAAGUAGACACCCUUCGUCAGGCCCUGGAAGAGAGCAGCAGGCACAACCAGAGCCUUGCAGACAAGGGGAAGCUCCUGGAGCCCCUGCAGCAGGUGCAUCCGAGGAGCCACAGGGAGCAGGAAGCCUCAGCAACACAGCGGGCAGAGAGGCGCGCCCUGCGAGAGCAAACAACUUCACUGCGCACCGAGCGGGCCCGCCUACAGGGGGAGCUCGCGGCACUGCGCACGCGCCUCAGACAGACAGAGCAGGAGACCCUGAGGAAGGAGGAGGACACAGCGAUGCUGGGGGCCAAGAAGGAGCUGCUGCUGCAGUCUCUGAGCAGCCUACACCAGGAAGUAGAUGGGGCCUUGCGGCAGAGCCAGCAGCUGCAGGCCCAGAUGGCGGAGCUGGAACAGGCCCACACCCAGCGGCUCCAAGAGCUGGCUGCCCAGCACCAGCGGGACCUGGCAGCUGAGGCUGAGAGGCUCCAUGAGACCCAGCUGCAGGCCACACAGGCUCUGGAGUCCCGUGAGCACAUUCACCAGCAGAGAGUAAAGGUCCUGGAAAGGCAGGUAGCUAGGCUGAAGAAGCAGCUGGACCAGGAAGUGAGGCAGCGGCAGCAACAGGCCCACAGUGACUAGACCUUUCGAGCCAAGCACUACAGUACCUCCCAUCAUUCCUAUGACAUGUGGCCUGCACUGACAGCAGGUUCUGGGGGCCAUGUUAGGGUUCUAUGCUACCGGAGAAACUGGUGCUACAAACACUAGAGGGGCCAAGUUUAACAAACAUCGGUGGGCUGUGUGAAGAUUUACAAAUAGGCAGCCACCAACCAAAGCACACUACGCCCUCCUCGACUCUUCCCAGACUGCAGAGGUCCUGCCUAUGGGGACCUCAGCCUCCAGCUGGGCUGGACCACAUUGCUGUUUGUUACUCCUCCCUGCUGCAGGGAGCAGGGAUGCUGACCACCCCUCAGGUCAUACUGGGCCUGGGGCUCCAUUUCUAGAUUGGACCUGUUACUUGGGCCAGGCACUGGUGGCUGAGCCCUGUCAAACCAGCCCUUCUGCCACAGGCUACAUUCCGUGCCCUCAGUUCUGUAAACACAGGGAAACACAUGGAAAACAUUUCCACCAGCGAGAGCCAAAAACACAAUGUCCUGCAAUGGCCAGCCACCACACCCCACAUCCAGAGGCCACAAAACCUUCCGCAUCCAGGAACUGCAGUCCCAUCACGGUGGCAGGUGGCUGGAAAUGACUCAGAUGCAAGCCCGGUGACGUGCGCCACAGGGGUAUUGGAGAUCUGAAGCUGUUCCAGAAUCUCCCAUUUCCACACACACACACACACCCAAAAAAAUGCUGGAAAAUGCCAUUGGGCAAUCCUUCUCUGGUUGCUAUGCAGGCCAAGGCCAUUAUCAGACCUUGUUCCUGCCUCACCUGUUGGCAUCCCUGUGACUUUCUCCUAUUUGGUGCUGGUCAGAAUGAAUUGCCUCCCACCCCCCCACCCCCAAUUCUCUUUCGUAUUGUAAAUGGCGCUUUCUAGCGUCCACAGGCUACCAGGCAACCUGGUAAAUUCUUGCCUGCCUGCACCCCAGGUGCAGGUUGUCCCAUGGCUUGUGCUUCUGCUAGGACCUCCUGAAGCCUCCUCAAGGACUCUGGCAUGGGGCAGGAAAGGCAGGCAGUUCCUGGAACCCAUCCAGUCACAGUCAUGUAGCUAAAGUCAAGAUAGGUGACAGCCCGUCAGUUUACUUCAAGAUCACCAGGGACUUAAAAAUCAGCCACCCUGUCAGACCUCUGGUUGAACUUAGUAGCUGGUCCCUGCACAGUUGUGGUGGACAGACAGGCCUUACUACCAAUGACAGUGUGAAGAAGGACCCUGACACCCAGGCUCUGAAAGGGAGAACACAGAGACCCAUUGGCAAUGGCUUCCUUGGACAAAGGAUAAGUUGGUGGCACAGGGACCCUGAUAUAUGCCCACCUACAGUUUCCAGGUCCCAGCCAACACAGCCUGGCAGAGGAGAGUAGACGGCCUGUCCCACUGAGCCUGAGAAACUGGGACUUCGUAGAUAGCCCUUAUCUUCCUCCUCCUCUGGUCUGCAGCUCCCCUGUGGAAGUGUUGCACCAUCCCCUGGAGGACCCAAGAGCGGUACAGAAACUGGAGAUUCCCACAGGAGGCCAGGGGGUUCCUCCACUGCUGGUUCAGGGAGCCCACCUGCAGCAUUAAUGCCUUCCUCUUCCUGACCUCGCAAGGCUCCCUGGUUUCCCAGGGACAUCAAUGGGACUGAAGUUGACAGCUGAGGAGGUGUCCUGUAAAUAUACCUGGAAGCAGGGGGCACACUUAACAAGGACAGGUCUGGAUACUUCUCAGCACCAAAAUAAAAAACACUGUGACCCGGCCAAGGUGCUUCCAACCAAGGUGCUCCCUAGUGAUCCCGCUUUUGCACUGGCUGCUCAGGGGAACAUUCCCAGCACAGCGAGGGCUUCUGAGAUUGCCACACUCUUGAGUAUUUACAUCUGUGCAGGAGAUAUUGUUUUUCCUUAUUCAACAUAAAGGAAUGUAUUUGUGUUGAGAAGGGAUGAUUUCUAAAGAAUAUAUUGCGUUUCUCUAAAUAUUUUCUAAGGCAUGUA